AUGACCACACAGUCAAUUCAGUUUCUAAGUCCAAUCACCGCCUUCAGCCCGCUCCUUCUAAACUCGGCAAAGAGUUCUCCUACUAGACCGUCACCUGCGAAAGAAGAUACUGGGCGAAGAGAACUCCACUCAUUCAUCAUGCUUCCCAUGGCGAGACCCUUAGUUUCCGGCGCAUUGAGCGCUGUGCGUCCCCGUUUCGCAUACCUCCCUCGAGCCCAACCCAUCGCCGCUCUGUCGACCUCCUCUGUAAAGUCAGCGGCACCCGUUCGUCAGUCAUCACCAAGUCAGACUCUUACUGCCUCGGGCAAGGCCCGAACAGAGGUUCUUUUGCCCAGCCAAGAGAAGAAGGAGGGUGCUAUGCAAUAUGUCUUGACUACCCUUGAUCAAGUUGCCAACUGGGCCCGUCAGAGUUCGCUGUGGCCCGUGACUUUCGGUCUCGCCUGCUGCGCCGUCGAGAUGAUGCACCUUUCCACCCCCCGCUACGAUCAGGACCGUCUGGGUAUUAUUUUCCGUGCCUCUCCCCGUCAAUCAGAUGUCAUGAUUGUCGCCGGCACCUUGACCAACAAGAUGGCCCCCGCCCUGCGUCAAGUCUACGAUCAGAUGCCUGACCCUCGAUGGGUUAUCAGCAUGGGUAGUUGCGCUAACGGAGGUGGCUACUACCACUACAGUUACUCGGUGGUCCGCGGCUGUGACCGUGUCGUUCCUGUGGAUGUCUACGUCCCUGGAUGCCCGCCUACAUCCGAAGCCCUGAUGUACGGCAUUUUCCAGCUCCAGAAGAAGAUGAGAAACACCCGUAUCACCCGGAUGUGGUACCGCCGUUAG